UUUUUUAAAUUUUUGAUGGGUGGUUUCUUUUUUUGUUUAGUAAUUUGUUUGUUUGUUUUUUUUUUUAAAAUUAUAUAAAAAUGAUAAAAAGAACAUCAGUUGUUUUUUUUUUUUUUAAGAUUAAGAUAAAUUACUCUUUUCUUUUCUAAGAAAUUAAAGAAUUUUGUUUGGUAACUCGGAUCUCAGCUCAUUCUUCUUUCCGAUUUCCCUCUAAAAUGUCUAGUCUAGAAAUCGAAGCUAUAGAUGUGAUCAAAAUUGUGCUUCAAUUUUGUAAAGAAAAUUCAUUGCACCAAACAUUUCAGACACUUGAGAAUGAGUGUCAAAUAUGUUUGAACACAGUAGAUAACAUGGAAACAUUUGUUGGUGAUAUUAAUAAUGGAAGAUGGGAUGUGAUACUCCCUCAAAUUGCUCAACUCAAACUUCCAAAGAAUAAAUUGGAGGACUUGUACGAGCAGAUUGUCCUCGAAAUGAUUGAGGUUGGUGAAUUGGAUACCGCUCGUGCUAUCUUAAGACAGACUCAGGUAAUGGGUUGUGUGAUGAAGCAAGAACAACUCGAAAGAUACUUGAGGCUCGAACGUCUGUUGGUGACAACAUAUUUUGAUCCGAACAAGGCUUAUCAAGAGUCAACCAAAGAGAAAAGAAGAGCUGAAAUUGGUGAAGCACUUGCAGCAGAGGUUAGUGUUGUACCACCUUCAAGGCUAAUGGCUCUUAUUGGUCAGUCUUUGAAGUGGCAACAACACCAAGGAUUGGUUCCCCCAGACACACACAAAUUUGACUUAUUUAGAGGAACAGCUGCUAUGAAACAAGAAGAACAAGACACAUUUUCAUUCCCAUCCUCAACUCUUGCACAUACCAUAAAGUUUGGCACAAAAAGUCAUGCUGAAUGUGCUCGUUUUUCCCCUGAUGGACAGUUUCUUGUUUCCUCCUCUGUUGAUGGAUUUGUUGAGGUUUGGGAUUGUGUUAGUGGGAAAUUGAACAAGGAUUUACAGUAUCAGGCUGAUGAAACUUUCAUGAUGCAUGAUGAUCCAGUGUUGUGUGUGAAUUUCAGUAGGGAUUCGGAGGUUCUUGCGUCUGGAUCACAAGAUGGGAAGAUCAAAGUUUGGCGCAUAAGAAGUGGUCAGUGCUUGCGCCGUCUUGAACGCGCACAUUCUCAUGGCGUCACCAGUGUUUUCUUCUGUCGUGAUGGAACGCAGUUGCUGAGUACAUCGUUUGAUGGCACAGCAAGGAUUCAUGGUAUUAAAUCUGGCAAGUUGUUAAAGGAAUUCCGAGGCCAUGGAUCUUAUGUAAAUGAUGCAAUCUUUACACACCAUGGAGCUCGCGUUGUUACAGCCUCUAGUGAUUCGACGCUUAAAGUGUGGGAUGUGAAGACUACGCAAUGUCUACACACCUUCAAACCGCCUCCUCCUCUAAGGGGAGGCGAUGAUGCCUGUGUCAAUUCUCUUCACCUUUUCCCCAAAACUAGUUCUAAUAGCGACCAACACAUCAUUGUAUGUAAUAAGACGUCGUGUGUAUACAUCAUGACACUUCAAGGACAGGUUGUAAAGAGCUUUUCAUCAGGUAAAAGGGAAGGUGGAGAUUUUGUGGGAGCUUGUGUGUCACCUAAAGGGGAAUGGAUUUACUGUGUUGGUGAAGAUAGGAAUGUCUACUGCUUCAGCUAUCAAUCUGGUAAACUAGAGCACCUAAUAAUGAAGGCUCAUGACAAAGAUGUAAUUGGUAUAGCUCAUCACCCUCAUAGAAAUUUGGUGGCCACAUAUGCUGAGGACUGCACAAUCAAACUAUGGAAGCCUUAAUUCAAAAUUUUCUGUAUUGAUUGAUUGAUUGAUUCAACUAUUAUUUACUUUUGUCCAUCCUAUUGACAUUCUUUAAAUAAAUAAACAUUAAUUAUAAUAUAGUGUUAAAAUUGAAUUUUGCUUGGUUGAGAUAAUAUAUAUUUCAAAUUUUUAUUUUAUUACUAUUUCUUUUUGGUAAAGAUGAUACAGAGAUUUUGUGUGGGACUUUCAUGAUUAGAGGUAUAUCAAUCCAUAAUUAGUCUCUUCUUCUUCACUAUAUUUCUGAUUUUUACGCUGGGACUUUCAUUUACUGCCUCUACUUCAAGAGCUACAGAAGAAAAAUCCUCUUCUCAUACAAGAGCAUCAGGUAAUAAUUAUACUUUAUCUAUGAGUAUUAUCUAUUAGAUAUGUUACUUAGCUUGGCUAUCUGAAAUAGCUUCAUUCAAAAGACUGAGGACUAAAAAAUUCAUUGAUAAGGGGCAUCAGCCACAUAAUGUUCUGAAGUAGCAUGCAAAGCAAAUUUAGCAAGGUAUCAGCUACUACAUUGACAAUUCUUAGACAAUAAAUAAAAAUCACAACAGAAAAAGUAGAGCAUAAAUCUCUAAUAUCAUUAAGAAAGUAAACCCAAAGAAGAAUCCAACAUCGUUAAACUACUGAGCUUGUUGAUUAAACUUUGAUAAUCGGAUUCAACUUGUGGUAUUUUUUUUCCUUAUUAGUGCUUGAUACAGGUGAAGUUUAUGUUGAAAUUAAAAAAAAAAAAUACA